AUGCUCAUGCGGCAGAUCUGGCCGGGCUUGGCAUCGUUUUUUGCCGUGGCGUUCGCUGAUGGUGAGCUCGUUGCGGCGACGGAGUGCAAUCCCUACCAGGGCACCAGGUACAUCACCUUAGGCAAUGGCGACAGCAUCACCUCCGCUGUGUGCGAAGCCAGUUGGGACCUUCAUGAGUUGUCGGUCUUUGACGAGUUUGGCUUUGAGAUCACCAGCAUUACGGCUUCUGCACCCACAGGAAGCUCUUCGCCGACAUCCGACUAUGGACCACAGAAGGCGUUGGAUGGCUUGCUGACGACUUUCUGGGCAGGGGACCACGAUAUUGGAGCGAGCUGUUCCUGCUGGGAUGAUUCCAAGAAGGAUUCCCAGCAGAUCCUUCUCGACCUGAAACAGACGUACAAAGUCUCCAAGAUCAACAUUUGGCAGGGUGGCGCCGGAAACAAGUGGGCCAUCUCUAAACUUCGCAUUCACUGCCACAGCGCGGGGCUAGUCACGAGCCCUGUAGAGUUGGAGAUCUCCAGUGGCUCGACCACCGUCGAGUGCGACGAUGCGGGCUGCCGUGCCAUUGACCACAAUCCCGCCUUCGUGCAUAGAUCUGCGGCUUGUGCCGCGAGCACGGCCGGCCAACUCGGUGUGCCUGUCGGCUUGCUGCUGGGGCUGGGUUUAGUCCAGCGCAACCUGCUGCUGAGAGGGGAGCGUUCUUGGAGCUGA